UGUGGGUCUCUGUGUGUGGACAGGUAAAGCUGAAGGUGUGUGGGAGUUUAGUUCUAACCGAUUUAGUUGGUUUAGCAAAAGGACGACUUAAAUACAUACAUUUUGAUCGUGGUGCAUGUGCUUUGCGGAGAGCCGGAGAGAAAUUCUACGCAGCGAUCGAUCAUAUUUCAGAUGUUGCAAUCUCAGAUACGGACCUAAUAGACUAAAGUCAAAAUUCUCCGGAUAAAAAGGACCACAUGAACAUGAAGAAAACAUAUUCCGGCAUUGCGAGGUCCACCAGCGGCAGGCUGAGGAGGCCAGAGAGAGGAGAGGCAACAAGUCCUACUGGUACUGGUUCUGCACUUAAGAGGUCAUUUGAAGUGGAGGAGGAUACAUCCACAAACCCGUCCCCUCUUUCCCGUAGAACAACCAAUCCUCUGCGCUCCUCCACCUCUUCUACGAGCAGCCGUUUCCAUGACAUGAGAUCGCUCAACUCCGAGUCCACCUCGAGGCACGCUUCAGAUUCCUCCUCCAACCAGUGCUCUCCAAAGUCCAACCUGAGGCGCGUGGAGUUAUCGGGGGGCCGCGUCCCAGAGACUGUGUCGCGGUGA